AUGAAAAUUCCAUUUUUUCGAUCUUCUCGAGAGGAAUCAUUCAACGAAGAUGUCCUCUCAUCGUAUAAAUCGUCAUCCUCUCUGAAAGACAGAAAUGAGACAUCACCUUCUCGAAAAAGUUUAAAACAUUCUCAAUCUGCAGGUUCUUUAUCCUCAAAUCUCUCAAUGAAUGAGAACUCAGAUCCAUUAUCGACAUCAUUUUCAUCAGCGAGUUCACCCACAACAACAAGAACCACUCGAAGAAUGAGUCAAAGAAUUCAAUCAUUUUCGCCAAGACAUUCCAUGAGACUACUUGUCAAUGCAUUCGCUGCAUUGAAUCAUAGUCAAGAUUUCUCAGAGGAGUGCUCAUCGAACGUUGUGUUGGCACCUAGAAAUGUUGUUAUUGAUUUUUCGGAUGAGAAUGAAACUUUGGAAUUUUUCAAAAAGUGUGAAAAUAAGGAAUAUACAAUGGUGACAUCGUUAGAGAUGAGAAAUGUGUGUUAUUUAAUGCAGAGGGUCAAUGAAUUUUAUGGAGCAAGAACCAAGAUGAGUAAAAGUGCGGAAAAGAUUAGUAAAUUGAAGAAGUUGAGAAAGGAGAGUAUGUCUGUUGGGAAUUUGGAUAUUGAUUCUUCUCCCAAAAAGAAAUUGAUUCCAGAACAAUCGUUUUUGGACCAUUUUCCAAGUCUAGAAAAGCUGGUGUGCACUGAUAUUGAAAAAGGAGAAGUGAACAUGACCUCUUAUGCAGAUAUUUGUGAAUACAUCACAAGCGGAACCUCACUACCACAUUUAACAACCAUUGAUUUUAUCUCGUCGCGAAGGUCAGUGAGUGCUGUCGGCUGUCAACACCUUGCCAAUGGAAAAAUAUCAAACCUUAAAACCUUAAACCUCAGUUUAGGUUCCGGUUGUGAUGAAGUUACUAACAAGAUUGAUACUGAAGGAUGCACAUUUAUAGCGAGUGGAAACCUUUCUCAACUCACUCAGUUAAAUUUGAGUGGAAAUCCAAUUCAAGGAACUGGUUGUAAAUAUUUAGCAAAUGGUAAUUUGAGGAAUUUAACGAACUUGGAAUUGAAAUCUUGCAGAGUGGACACGAAUGGUUGUUUGUUUCUAGUGAAUGGAAACUUACCAAACUUGUCACAUUUAGAUGUGUCCUAUAAUUUGUUUGUUGGGGAGGGAGCCAAAUAUUUUGGAACAAGUAAGGCACUCUCCAAUUUAGUUUCUCUCAAUCUAGCUGUGUGUGACAUUUCCAGCGAAGUUUGUUCUGCCUUGGCAAGCGGCAAUUUAACGAGCCUGACCUAUUUAAAUGUAUCCUUUAACACCAUUCAAAACGAAGGAUGUAGAAUGCUAACUCAAAGUUCCAACUCGUUUCCCAAUUUGAAAGAGCUAAGAGCAACCAACUGUCAAAUUGAAGCUGAUGGAUUAUGGCAUCUAACGAAUGGCAAUUUACCUAAACUAGAGAAACUCGAUUUAAAGUCCAACAAAAUUCAAGAUGAAGGUUGUUCCAAUUUAUCGAGCAGGAACCUUCCAAAUUUAACGCAUUUGAAUCUAACCUCCAACAUGUUGGGUCCUCUUUCGUGUAAAUACAUUGCCUCCAUGCACAACCUAACUCGUUUAUAUCUAGCUAGAAAUGCCGUUGGAACCUCAGGUUGUCGAUACUUGAGUAAGGGAUCGAUUACUCGAUCACUGGAAUAUUUGGAUUUGGAGGCAAACGAUAUUCGAUGUGGAGGAUGUCAUUAUCUUGCUCAUGGAACUUUUGACAAUCUCAACAUUUUAAUACUACUUGAUAACAAAAUCGAGAAUGAUGGAUUUAGACUGAUCAGUGAAUCGAAAUAUCUUACCAAGUUGGUAGAAUUGCAUGUCAUUGGGAAUGAUGAAAAGAGGUCACCUAGAUCUCCAAGAUCUCCUCGAAGUGCUGCUUCACAAUUCGCUAAAAACAAUAUUGAUUUUAUGGAACUGCUUACUGCCAGCAAUGAACGUAAUAUUCAAAUCUAUUAA